AUGCAUAGGAGAAUUGGAACUCCAGGCUUUAUGGCUCCACAAAUUUUCAAAACCAAAUAAAAUGAUUAAUAAAUUGAUGUUUUUUCUUUAGGAGUGAUAUUUUAUUAUACUGUGUUUGGUAGAAUGCUGUUUGGUACCAAUUUUAAUGAAGCGCUCUCAAAAAAUGAAUAAGGAGAGAUAGAAUAUCCAGAUUACUGUAAAAUAUCUAUCAGUGGACUUCAGUUGAUGAAAAUAAUGCUAUUGUUCGAAAAGACCCGCAAAAAAGAUGUACCUCGUUUUAAGCUCUAAAUCAUCACUGGUUUAUAAACUUGA